AUGUCGCCUACACGUGGUCUCACUCCGGAUGAUGCGACCGGAUCCAUCGAGGUCAGGGAAGUCGAACGAGAUGUCGAGAUGAAGGACAGCUCCAGUACAGGACAUACGGAUGCAGAAGGUGACGCUACUGAAGACGGGGACCAGAACACGUUCCAGAUUAUCCAGCAGCUGGCGGUGCAUCUGUCUACUGUUGAGGAAGAUGGUGAAGAACUUGCAGCAGGCUUUCAACGCAUUCCUAACCGUCGCGCUCUCCCCGAUUACUUCGAAGUAAUCACUGAGCCAAUUGCCUUCAGCACAAUUCGAAGUAAAAUUCAAAAGAAGCAGUACUUCGCAUUUGCAGAUUUCGUCAAAGACGUUGCACAGAUCUGCCACAAUGCUCAAGUAUACAAUCGUCCAUCAGCGCCAAUAUUCGGUGCUGCGGUUCGCCUUAAAGAAAUCUUCCAAGAACAGCUCCAACAGCUGGUCACAAAGGGAGAUAUAUUACCUGAUGAUGCGAAAUUACCCGAUCUAGGUGAGCUCCCUCCUGUCGAAGACUCGCCGUCACCUCUGUCCGAGGAGGAAGAAGAGGAGGAUGAUGAGGAUGAGUCUGAAGACGAUGAGGAAGAGUCCGAAGACGACGACGAGAGACUACAGAAGCGACGCAGAGCACGUAAUCGUGGACGACGAUCCUUUGUCAAAUCCAAGGAACACGAAGAUGAGAGAGAGGAUGACGCAUAUAAAAAGAGAGGUAGGCCGCCUAUGGUACAAACGCCAACGGAAGCACGGAUAUCUUCAAUUCUACGAGGUCUCAGGAAAUUCAAGGAUGGUGAAGGGAAUCUUCUUGUAACGCCUUUCGAAAAGCUGCCGGACAAAACAACCAUGGCUGAUUACUAUCAGAGUAUUAGCAACCCCGUUGCGCUGGAUAACAUCAAGAGGAAAGCAAAGCGAAAAAAGUAUCAAAAUGUGGAUGACCUUCUACUGGACAUUGAAUUGAUGUUCGAAAAUGCGAAGGUCUACAAUGAAGAUGAUAGUCAGGUGUACCUUGCCGCCAUGGAGUUGCAGACACAAGCGCGUAUUCUUGCGGAGCAGGAAAAAGCAAAACCAGACGAUGAUUUCAGGGAUGAGGAUGGCAAGCUUCCCCUUUCUGAAAUACAGCACAACGGGCAAACUUGGAAAGUCGGUGACUGGGUUCAUAUUCGGAAUCCGAACGAUCUUGCUAAGCCAAUCGUUGCCCAAAUAUUUCGGACCUGGCAAGACCGUGCCGGCCAGAAGUGGAUUAAUGCAUGCUGGUAUUACCGCCCUGAGCAGACUGUUCAUCGCUAUGAAAAACACUUUUUUGAGCAUGAGGUUGUGAAAACGGGUCAGUAUCGAGAUCACCAAAUAAGCGAACUUCUGGACCGGUGUUUUGUUAUGUUCGUAACCCGCUUUAAUAAAGGUCGCCCUAGGGGACUCCCUUUUGACAAGGACGUCUAUGUGUGCGAAUCGCGCUACAACGAAGAGAAGUUUCGUUUCAAUAAAAUAAAGACGUGGGCUAGUUGUGUGCCGGAUGAAAUCCGAGACAAGGACUAUGAGAUGGACUUGUUUGAAGUGCCGCGGCGCAUGAAAAAGGUGCCGAGUCCCAUCAAGCAUCUUCUCCGGGAGGAUGCGAAAGAUACCGACGAUCUCCCUCGGCCAACUUGGGGAAGCCCUAAUGCUCCGCCCAUCGUUGGUGCUGUUCACCGACGCCCCCUUGAAGCAAAUGAAUCUCCUCCACCCGAGCCGACACCCCCUCCGCCUCUUAUGUCAACUACAAGGCAUAUUUCAUCUGAAUCCGCUGCGCGUCCCUCAGCAGCGUCCGUGACGCCUGAACUGUCUACAGACCCUACCGUGAGACUGCCGCAAGCUGCCGGCCGAGUUCUAUCCCCAAAUCAAGUUAAUCAGUACGGCGUGCAAGCUACAGGUCAUUUUCAGCCGGUAACACCUGCCAGUGGUGGCCAUGUGAUGCAGCAGACGCCAGUGCCCAUCCCCCAACCACCGCAGGCCACAGCAACUCCUCAGAUGUCGAUUCGGCCAAUGCAAUAUCAACAGCAGCAGCAACAUCAAUCAAGCUAUGCACACCAAUUUGGGCCUCAGUACUCUUCAUCACCAGCAGCAUUUACUCACCAUCCGCCUGUGGCUAACCAAGCUGCGCUGCAUUUUAAUCAACAACUCCAACACGGGCGAAUAGCAUUCAAUGCAUCGACUGGCACCAGUGGCAAUCCCACUAACGUUUACAACCCUCCACGACCGCCGGAGGUAUACACAUUACCGGACAACAUAAACGAGGCUCUCCAUCCUCAAGUUCGGCAAGGCUUCCAACAUGAUAGUGCCGGUCGCGUCUUGUUUUUUGUCGGUCCGCCUUUAGGCCGCGCGCAUGAGCGACUGUCCCCACAGAGCGUCGGACUUGGACACAGCCUUAGGUACAGUGCGGGACGUGAGAAUUGGUUAGCAGAACGCGAGAAGAAGAGGCAGAAGCGCGAUGACUCCCAGACGGUUAGAUCUGAAAAUCUGGUCACAACCGGUAAAUUAGCUCCACCAGAAACAAGUGUCCCUGCUCAGGCGGCAGAUGCCAUCAAUCAGUGGUUCCGAAAGUUCAACCAGCAGAGCCUCGAGUGGAAACUAGACGCGGGAUUAGAAGACUGGAGGGACAAGUACAGGAUAGAAUGA